AUGGUGAAAGCAGUGACUUUUCUGCUCUUUUUGGCCUUCCUCUUCACAUUCUCCCAAGUCAAGUCAAUCAUUCCUCAACCCCAGCAGUUCAGAUCCUUCAAGAUCAACAAUACCCAGAAUGUAAAGAGCUGCUCUUACACAGUAUCAAUAACGACAAGCUGUUCAUCAACCAAAUAUACAAGGGAUCAAAUCAGUCUUGCAUUUGGUGAUGCUUAUGGCAAUCAGGUGUAUGCACCAAGACUGGAUGAUCCAUCAACAGGAACGUUUGAGAGGUGCUCUAGAGAUACAUUUCAGAUAUAUGGACCAUGCUCAUACCAAAUCUGCUAUGUCUACCUUUAUAGGAGUGGAUUCGAUGGUUGGAUGCCUGAGAAAGUGACAAUCUAUGGUUAUAACACCAAGUCUGCUACAUUUUAUUACAACGCUUAUAUUCCUAAUGAUGUUUGGUAUGGAUUCAAUCUUUGUAAUGGAGCUUCAGUCAGUACAAUAUAGGAGGAGGAAGAUGUUUCUCUCUAUUUCAUUUUGGGGCUUGUCAAAACUGGUUUCUGUUUGGUCUUUUGAUCUUUUCUAGCCCUCUCUUGUCUUGGGUGCUUAAUUAGUGACAUAUGAA